UUGAGUGGUGUAAAGCGGAAGUGUUAACACACGGUGCUAAAGUUCAGUCUGGAACGCUGAGUUUCUUAUUUCACGACCUGAAAGUUACGAGUGAAAGAUGCGGCGAUCUAAGCGGAUGCGGUCACCGGAUGGCUGGAUUGCGGAGUACAGCUGGGAGGAGAGAGUGGAGGUGCACAAAAGACCCAAACACAGAUCACGGAGCGGAGAAAGAGAGAGGCAACCUGGCCGAACUCAUCACUAUAAGACAUACGAGAGGUGUCACAUCAGCUCAAAGAGGCUGGAGUGCAGAGAGCGCAGGGUCAGAGAGGCCAGUCUGGAGCAUAGCGGUUAUAAGGGUCGAGUGGACCCGGUCAGAGAAACAGAGCGGGAGAAAGAUGGCCACCACUGUAGCCAGUCCCGAAGCGGGCGAAGUCGGCGCAGCAGCAGAGCUCGCCAACAUUCACACCAUCGCAGUCCUGGCUCAGACUCGAGAAGCCAUCGCAGGAAAAGAACCAAGAGUAUUGAGGAUGAUGAGGAGGGUCACCUGGUCUAUCACAAUGGAGACAUGCUAAGAGCAAGAUAUGAGAUUGUAGGGACUCUGGGAGAAGGAGCCUUUGGAAAAGUCGUGGAGUGCCUUGACCACUCAAAAGGUAAUGUAAGAGUGGCACUGAAAAUCAUCAAAAAUAUUGAGCGCUAUCGUGAGGCAGCGCUGUCAGAAGUUGAUGUGCUUGAGCGGAUAAACUCUCUCGAUGAUGAAAAGAGAUUUGCUUGUGUCCGGAUGCUUGACUGGUUCGAUCACCACGGCCACAUCUGCAUAGUGUUUGAGCUGCUGGGUCUGAGCACAUAUGACUUCCUGAAGGAGAAUGGAUUCAUGCCUUUCUCACUGAAUCAGAUCAGACACAUGGCGGACCAGAUCUUUAGGGCCGUGCGCUUUCUGCACAAAAACAAGUUGACGCACACUGACCUGAAGCCAGAAAACAUUCUCUUUGUGGACUCCAACUAUGACAUUAAAUAUAACUCUAGAAUGAAGCGAGAUGAGAGGACCUUAAAAAGGUUGGAUGUGAAAGUGGUGGACUUUGGCAAUGCCACCUAUGACCAUGAACAUCACACCUCUGUUGUUUCAACCCGUCAUUACAGAGCUCCUGAAGUCAUAUUGGAACUGGGCUGGAACCAGGCUUGUGAUGUCUGGAGUUUGGGUUGCAUCCUGGUUGAGUUCUAUCUUGGCUUAACGUUAUUUCAGACUCAUGAUAGUAAGGAGCAUCUGGCCAUGAUGGAGAAGGUUUUAGGCCCCAUUCCUACACACCUACUUCAGAAAACCAGGAAGCGGCGCUAUGUACACCAUGACAAACUGGAUUGGGAUGAGCACAGCUCAGCUGGGAGAUACGUGAGGAAACACUGUAAACCUCUAAAGCAAUACAUGUCUUCUAAAACGCCGGAGCACGAGCUGCUUUUUGACCUGCUGCAGAAGAUGAUGGAGUACGAUUCAUCCAAACGAAUUACCCUGGAGCAGGCCAUCGGGCAUCCUUUUUUUAACCCGUUAAGAAAAGCGAGAAAGUGACUCGGAGGCGACACUGAAUGAACAUUACUGCUCCCAGGGAGACUGCCGCUGACUGUAUCAGUCUGCUUUAAGACUGCCUGCAUUAUUACCUCUGUCCAUAUUUAUUGUCUCUUUGAAUAUAUGGGCCAAAUUCCAAUGUACUUUUGGCAAAUAAAACUUGAAUGCUUUGCAUAUGA